GGAACGAUACCAAUGGAUGCUGAAAGUCAAGUAAACAUAACUCCAAUGGAGGAUUGGGCGAAUUCUUCUAGACUUGCUUGUGAAUUCUCAAACUGCCGCAACAACUUCCCAGACCUGGAGGACAGCACCAAGCUGGUGGGAGUGCAAGUGAUCCUCAUCUUGGCUUACAGCACCAUCAUACUGUUCGGAGUCAUCGGAAACUCCCUGGUGAUAUACGUGGUGUACAAGUUCAAAACUCUGCACACCGUCACCAAUUUUUUCAUUGUGAACCUGGCUGUGGCGGAUCUGCUAGUGAAUACUCUAUGUCUGCCCUUUACUUUGAUCAAUACUCUCCAUGGGGAGUGGAGGUUUGGCCAGGCAUUGUGCUUCAUGCUGCCCUUCUCCCAAGGCAUGGCCGUGCACGUUUCCACCAUCACGCUCAACAUCAUCGCCCUGGACCGCCACCGGAGCAUCGUCUACCACCUGGAGACCAAGAUGUCCAAGGAAAUGUGCGCCGCUGUCAUCAUCAUGACGUGGGCCAUAAGCGCAGUCCUGGCCAGCCCGCUCGCCAUCUUCCGGGAGUACGGGACGUUUGACCUUUCGCCCGAGCAGUCCAUUCAGGUUUGCACGGAAAAGUGGCCAGGGAGCGGCAUGGACGGCACCAUCUAUAGUAUCUCCAUGCUCCUGCUCCAGUACUGCCUGCCGCUGGCCAUCAACUCCUUCGCCUACAUCCGCAUCUGGAGUAAGCUGAAGAACCACGUGAGUCCGGCAGGGAGGAACAACCGCCACCAGCGCAAGAGGAAGACCACUAAGAUGCUGGUGAUCGUGGUGGUGGUGUUUGCAGUGAGCUGGCUGCCUCUCCACGCCUUCCAGCUGGCCAUUGACAUUGACAACAGUGUCUUGGAAAUGAAAGACUUCAAGCUGCUUUUCACCAUGUUCCACAUCGUGGCCAUGUGCUCGACCUUCGUCAACCCCAUCCUCUAUGGGUGGAUGAACAACAACUACCGGACUGCGUUUCUGUCUGUGUGUAAGUGCAGCCAACCUGUCAAUUCUGGGUCGAGGAAUAUCAUGAGCAGAAAGACACUGAGGGAAAAAGACAUGAGCGAUACAGAUUUCAAAGCGACUAAAGUCUGA